AAAAUUUUCAUUUUAGUAAUUCAGUUGUUGAAAAUGGGGAGAUCCACUAAGAUGUGUCUUUUACCUUUGGUUCUUGCAAGUUUAAUCACUCAUUCGUGGUCGAUCCCUCCUAACAUAGUGGUACAGAUAGUAAAAACUAACAAUACUGAAGUCAUACCAUCAUUUGAGGGAAGAAUUGUGGGAGGAGUAGAAAGUAGUAUAUAUGAUUUCCCUUAUCAGGUAUCUUUGCAAGAAAAAGGUCGGUUUGGUUGUGGUGGAGCAAUAAUAUCCAAAAACUUUAUAUUAACAGCUGCUCACUGUCUUGUUGGAGUAAAUACUAAUGACCUGCAGGUUAGAGCUGGGUCGGAGUUUUCCACAUUUGGUGGAGAAGUUAUUCAAGUGAAAAGAGCCACUUCUCAUCCAAAUUACAAUAAAGCCACAAGUGACUUUGACAUAGCAGUUUUAGAAUUGGAGCGUCCCUUGACACCAAGCCAGAAAGUUAAACAGAUAAAAAUGGCGGAUUAUAAUAAUGUCAAUGUUAAACCAAACGAUAUGGCCGUGGUGUCUGGUUGGGGUGUAAAACACGAGAAAAGUUCGUCACCCACAGUUAUUCUUAAUUCAGUUAAUUUGCCUAUGAAGAGUUGGAAUGAAUGUAGAAAUCAUUUUGGCAAGUCCAUAACUCGGAAUAUGAUUUGCGCUGGUUUUCCCGAGGGAAUGAAAGACGCAUGCAAAGGUGAUUCCGGUGGACCUUUGGUUUCGAAAGGCAUAUUAUUAGGUAUCGUUUCAUGGGGAGAAGGCUGUGCCAGACGGAAUACCCCCGCUAUUUUUUCUAAUGUAGCCGAAUUAAGACCCUUUAUUAAAUCUGUAGCUGGCAUUUAAGAUAUUUGACAAAUAAAUAAAAAUUAUUAAAUCAAA